UAGCGCCGGGAGGCAAAGCCCGUCGCCAUUUUCAAGCGCCCAUUUUCAAAAUGGUGUCCGGAAGGAAGUUUGUCGCGUUGGGACGAUCGCGUGGUCUUCAUCUCAGGACUCUGGCGCAAUUUCCGGUCCGGUGGCAAGAUGGCUGCCCCUAAGCGCGAAUUUCCAGCUCGUGAGCGGCGCUCCGGGGAGCCGGAGCAGGAGCAAGAGUGGGAUGCUACGGCGCCCAAGCGUCCCCGGCUUGGGGCGGGAAGCAAGAGCGGAGGCCGCCGGCUGAUUGUGGUGCUGGAAGGGGCCAGCCUGGAGACUGUCAAGGUAGGGAAGACAUACGAGCUGCUCAACUGUGACAAGCACAAGUCUGUGUUGUUGAAGAACGGCCGAGACCCCGGGGAAGUGAGGCCAGACAUAGCCCACCAGAGCCUGCUCAUGCUCAUGGACAGCCCGCUGAACCGCGCCGGCCUGCUGCAGGUCUACAUCCACACGCAGAGGAACGUGCUCAUCGAAGUGAACCCGCAGACUCGGAUUCCUCGGACCUUCGACCGCUUCUGUGGACUCAUGGUUCAGCUUUUACACAAACUCAGUGUUCGAGCAGCUGAUGGCCCUCAGAAGCUCUUGAAGGUCAUUAAGAAUCCAGUGUCCGACCACUUCCCAGUUGGAUGCAUGAAAAUCAGCACUUCGUUCUCCGUCUCAGACGUCAGUGACGUGCGAGAGCUGGUGCCCAGCAGUGACCCUGUUGUGUUUGUGGUCGGCGCCUUUGCCCACGGCAAGGUGAGCGUGGACUAUGCAGAGAAGAUGGUGUCCAUCAGCAACUACCCCCUCUCGGCUGCUCUCACCUGCGCAAAACUCACCACUGCCUUCGAAGAAGUUUGGGGUGUGGUCUGACAGCACGAGAGCUGUGUUUGGACCAGGACUGUCACACUGCGUGCCUUGG